AUGCAAAAUUUUUUAAAGAAUUUAGUUUAAAUUUUACCUUUAAAAUAAGAAGCUAAGACAUUAAUUAUGGAUGCCACCUUAUAACUUACUAAAGAAAAAUGUGAUAAUAGCACAAAUUAUUCUAACUUAGACUCCGCAGAAAUUAAAUAAUAUGAAAAUUGUAUCAAAGAAUAUGAAAGCAACACAUAAAUCAAUAGACUUAUCCUCCAAAAUAUUAUGUAUCAAUUAAAAAAGGAUCAUUCAGAUACAAAUGAAAUUAUUUAGCUAGUGAUAGAUAAUAAUACUUAUCAGUCAAUCAUUAAACUUUAGAGUGAACUUGAAUAUUUUUUAAAAACUUCAAAGAGAAAAGAUUCAUGUGGAUGGAAUCAUAUCCUAUUUUUAUACUUUAAAGUAACAUACUACUUAACUCCUUAGAGAUAUAAUAAGGAUAAGUAUUAACCCAGUCAAAAACAUGUAAAAGAGCUUAUUGAGUUUCUCAUGCAAUUAUAGGAAUAGCUAGAUAUUUUAAUCAAACAAAGAUGUAAAGAAUUCUAAAAUUAAAUAGAAAACGCAAAUUAUAAAGAGGUAGAUUACGAAAACAGCUAUGAGUAAUAGAACUUUAUUGUAUACUUUUCAUAAUUGAAAAAAUACGAAUAUUCUAAUAUUUUCAAAAAAUUGACUAUUGAAGAUUUGAAGCAAGUCAGCUUUCGUGGAGAUUUGUUGCAAAAAGAAGAGAGUUUUUUUAGAGAUGUUAUUGAUUGUUACAUUAUGAAUGGAAAUAUGCAGCUAAUAGAAUAUUAUAAAGCUAAAAAAUCACUGCUUUAUUUUUAAAUUAUUGAAAACUUUUUUGAAGAAGAAUCAAAAUCGAAUCUGAUCAAAAAUUAUUAAAUUCAAAAUUUCAAAUUUUUUGAUAAAUUUGAUUUUUAUACUAUUUUAAUAGACUCUAAAAUUAUAGAGAAUUUGGAAGAAGAUGAAUUAUAUUUGUAUUUUCUCUUAUAUUCAUUGAUUAAUUUAGUUAAAAUUGGAUAUAUAGUAAUAAAUAAAGAGAUAAAACUUCAAAAAUUAAUAACGAAAAUUAAAACAAUCAAAAAUCUUAACUCCAAAUUUAAACUGGGAUACAUUUUUAUCUUAAAGUUUAUGAUGGAUACGCAAUAAAAGAGUUAUUUGUCUGAAGAAAAUAGUUAAUUUGAAGGAUCAAAUGAUGAAAUUUUAAAAAAAAGCACUAUCUGUUUAUUCAAAGAAUGGGCAAACCAGAAAUAUAUUGUGUCUGACAGUUACUUUAAUAAAGAAUAGCUCUAGCUAUAUAUAGAUGGAAUACAAAGUAUUCUAAUCUUAGCUAUUUUACCUGAGGUAGCUAGGUUUUAUGAAAAAGAAGAACAACUUCCCUAUCAGCCAACAGAGUUUAAAAUUGGUUACGUUUAAUAAAUCAUAAGAGGUAAGAGACUUUUCCUAAAAUAUCCAGAUAGAACAGACUUAAAUAUUAAAUACUGGACAAGUUUUAUACAAAAAUUGAAGGAAAUUAUUCAAAGAUAACAGUAUGAAAGAUUUAAGUCACGUUUCAGCAAAAAAAAUUCAGAAAUUUACGACUAACCAAUUUUAAAGUAGCAUAAUCAAAAUUUUAAAGCUUUUGAAGGCCAAUUCUAUUUUAAAGUGUGUUAAAUCAAUUUAUAAAGUUUGAUAAUAAUGAGUAAUAGCAAGAGUUCUAAGAAUUAUGAUAAAUAGAAAAGUGAGUUGGAUGAAUUAGUUAAAGCUUUGGUAUAAACAAUAGAUAUGUGCUAAUACUACGGUAUUUAUAGAUAAAGGUAACUUUAUUACACUCUGUCUUAUUUAUUUAUAGAUGAAAAAGGAAUAACUGAAAGUAUUAUAAAAUUAAUCAAGUAGUCUAAAAUUCCUUAGCUGAAUAUUGAGGACUCAUAAACAUCUUAAAAUUUUAUACUUUCUUUAAAAAAUGAAUUUAAUUUAGAAACAUUUAUAAAUAAACAAAAAUAAGGAGAACAUGCUUUUUUUAAUGGAACAGAUAAAUUCUACUUAUGCUUAAGCGCAGAUUUUUCUCUUGCAUAGAAAGCUUUUGAAAACUGUUCAGAUAAAAUAGAAGAAUUAAAUCAGUGCAAAUAAAGAUUUGAAGAUAUAAUCAGUUAUUACGGUUUACUUGGAAGGAAAAAAUUUUUGACAUUCAAAAUAAAUUUAAAGAUUUAUAUAAAAUAAAUUGAACUAAGAAUAGAAUUGAUUUAAAAGAGUAUAUAAUAAUUUAAUGUUACAGAAUACAUUAAAAUAGGUAAGAGCUAAUUUGAAAUUUACAAAGUAUCAAUAGAAAACUAAGGAACAUUUGUGAUGAAGUAAGUACCACGAGAUGAAUUAAAUAAAAAAAAAUUUGUUGAGCAGUAAUUGAGAGAGAUAAGUAUACUUUCUAUGAUUCCAUAGAAUUAAUAUAUUAUUUAAUAUAAAGGCCAUCAAUCCGAUGGCUAAUCGUUUUAAUUAUUCUUAGAAUAUUUCGAAAGCCAAAACUUACUCGAAUACUAUUAAAAUAAGUUAGAAAAUAGGAAAGUUUUUAACUAUGAAAAAUAAAAUAGAAUUAAAAUAAAAAAGUUAAAAAUAUGCAUAUAGAUACUUCAUGCAGUAGAGUUUUUGCAUUAGCUAAAUAUUGUUCAUGGAGACAUUAAACUUUCGAACAUUCUAAUCAGCUCUAAAAAAGGUUAAAGAAAUAUAAAACUUAUUGAUUUCAGUGAAUCUGGUUUUAUGAUAGAAGACACUUUAGGAUCCACACCAGGCUACGAAGAAAAAAAUUAAUUUAAAAGUAUUUAUAGUGAUUAUGUAAGUAUUGGGGUAUCAAUUAUCAGAUUACUUUAUUUUUAAGAGUUUCUAUACAAAUGUGACUGUGAAGAUAAAUACAAAGAUAAUUAAGAUAAAGAGAAAUAUAUAGAAAAGUGCUAUUAAUCAACACUUCAUAAAAAAUAAAUAAAAGAGAAAUAUAAAGACUAAUUUUCAAAACAUAAAGAUGAUUAUCUAUAAAUCCUUUUUAAACAAAUUAUGAGCUUAUUUAAUGAUUAGCCUUACUUAAGAUGCAGUUUAGAAGAAUUGAUAUAUUUAAUGGAAUUAUAAAUCUCAAUUUUUGAAAAUAAUGACGAUUAGUUUAAAUAGCAAAAACUUUUUCAAUACAAAUAAAAAUAUGGCUCAGUUAAAGAAAAAAUUCCUUUAGAUAUGAUUAAUCCAAACGAUAAAAUUAAAUUUAAUAAUUAAUAAUAAUAAUAAGUUGAUACUGAAAAUAUUCAUGAUAAAAAUAAUUACACUAUGACCAUUGCUACAAAAAAAGAAAUAAAUUUAUAAGAGGAAAAAUAAAAAUCUUAAAUAAAUGAUAAAUAACUAGAAGAUAAUAAAAAUUAGAAAGAAAUAUCAUAAGUAUUGUAAUAUAAUAAUUAGAUUAUCAUAAACUCUCAAAAUACAUUAUAACAAUAAAACGAGCAUGAUGUUCAAAUUCAUUAAACACAACAAAAAGAAAAUGAGAAAAAUAAUUCAAUAGAUAAUUAGUAAAGUACAAAAUAAUAUUAAGAAUAUUCUUAAAGUGGAAUAAAAAUACCAUAAAACUGUAAAAUUGAUGAAAAAGAAGAGUCUAAAUAAAAUUUUUAUAAAAAUCAUCAAAUUGAGUAUUAAGCAAACAACUUAUAAAUCGAAAAUGGUAAUAAAAGAGUAAUAAAUUUAGAAGGUUAAUUGGAUAAAUUAAAUAAUUAUGAUAAUUAAUAACAAAAUAAUGCAAUAGAUGACUAAUGCAAUAAUAAAAUUAAUAAAGAGCCUCACUAUAUAAAGGUAUAAAUAUAAGAAAAUGCUAAACUUGAAAGAAAGAAUCCCUAAUAAUAAUUUUAACAAAAUUCUUAUGUUAAUAUUGAAUAGAAAUAUUAAGCAGCAGUUAUAUUAACCUAGGAUAGUAAAAAAGAAAUAAUAAAUUCUGAAGAUUCACUAUUAAUAGUUGAUAAUGAUACAUAAAAUUUAAAAAAUAUAGAAAUAGAAUAAUAAUUUUUAUAAAAUUAUGAUAAUUAAUAACAAAAUAAUGCAAUAGAUGACUAAUGCAAUAAUAUAAGUAAUAAAGAGCCUCACUAUUAUAAGGUAUAAAUAUAAGAAAAUGCUAAACUUGAAAGAAAAAAUCCCGAAUAACAAUUUUAACAAAAUUCUUAUGUUAAUAUUGAAUAGCAAUAUUAAGCAGCCGUUAAAUUAAUCUAGGAUAGUAAAGAAGAAAUAAUAAAUUUUGAAGAUUCACUAUUUAUAGUUGAUAAUGAUUAAAAAAAUUUAUAAGAUAUAUAAAUAGAAAACUUUUUAUAAUAACCAUAAAAAGGCAAUUAAACUGAUAUUCCAAAUAGCAAUAAGAAUAAUUAAGUUAUGGUUACAGAUGAUUAACUGAUAUGUAAUUUUAUUGAUGAUCAAUAAUAAAAUAGGUUAUAUGUGAAAGAUGAUUAAUUAUUAGAAGAAGAUUUAACAGUUAGAAAAAAUUAAAAAAAUAAAUAAUUUUUAGAGUAAAAAAAGUUAGAAUAAUAAUAUUCUAAAAUUACUGUGGAAAAGGAAAUAAAUAAUGAUUGUAAAUCUUAAAAAGAAUGUAAUACAAAUUUAACUUUUAAGUUAAAAGAUUUAGAAAAUUAUUUUCUUUAAAAUGUAGAGAUUGUUGAAUCUUAUCCAAGAAUCAUCCAAAGAUUAUAACAAUUAAAUUUGAAUAUGCGUGAAAAGUAAAUAAAUAUCAGAUCUAUCAAUUAUCUUUCAAAUAUUGAAAAGAUACGUUUUGCUUCUAAAAUUGUAGGAAAUAAAGGUUUUGAAAUAUUUCUAAAGGAUAUGACUUAAGUUUUAUAAGGCGAUAUACCUAAGUUAUUAUUAGAUCUGAUAAAUUAAAAGGAAAUUAAAGAAGAAAUAAUAGAUAAAAUUCUUAAAUAUUACAUGUGUUAUGAAAAGUGA